ACGAAGAAAAGUAAAAAAAAAGGAACUGUGAGAGCAAGAGUGUGUGUGUUUUUGGGGGGGUCUGCAGGGUGAUUGAUCAAGACUCAAGAGGCAAAGCUGGGACAGAUUUUCUCUCUUCCUCUCUUUCGUUAUUCCGAAGUUUAAAAGAACACCGACACAGGUCAGGUACAAGUGGAUAAAUUCUGUUACAUAUAGCUUCGAAGCUAGUGAAGAACAAUGUAUGGGGAUUGCCAAGUAAUGCCAACCAUGGCAGGUAAUGUAGUUUCCUCAGAAUCACUCUUCUCGUCUCCGCCGAUCCAAAACCCUAGUUUCAACUUCAUGCCUGGCAUGCCUUUCCAGACUUUCCCUCCCAUGAUUGCUAAAGAAGAAAACGGGCUUCUGAGCGGAAAGGAUGAGAUGGAGAGUGGGUCUGGGAGUGAACAAGUUGAAGAAAAGUCAGGGAACGAGCACGAGAGUGAACAGCUUCCCAAGAAGAUCAAACGCUACCACAGGCACACCGCUCGCCAGAUCCAAGAAAUGGAAGCUUUGUUUAAGGAAUGUCCACACCCAGAUGACAAGCAGAGGCUGAAACUCAGCCAAGAACUUGGCCUCAAACCUCGCCAGGUCAAGUUCUGGUUCCAAAACCGGCGAACUCAGAUGAAGGCACAGCAAGACAGGACGGAUAAUGCGAUCCUUAAAGUGGAGAAUGAGACUCUAAGGCAGGAGAAUUUCCGGCUACAAAGGGCGCUGAGUAAUGUCGUGUGCCCUAAUUGUGGAGGUCCAUGUAUGAUAGGUGGGGAGAUGGGCUUGGACGAACAGCAACUUCGCCUUGAAAACUCCCGGCUCAGAGAAGAGCUAGAACGUGUUUCUUCAUGUCUCGCUUCACAAUAUGCUGGCCGGCCAAUAGAAGCAAUGCAAGCAGCUGCUACAUUUAUGCCGCCCCCUUCAUUGGAUUUAGAUAUGAAUAUCUAUUCGAGGCAUUUCCAAGACCCUAUGGCUUCAUGCACAGACAUGACUCCUGUGCCCAUGUUAAUGCCUCCGGAAACAGCUUAUCACUUCCCUGAAGCCGGUCUAUUAUUGGAAGAGGAAAAGCCAAUUGCAUUGGAGCUUGCCGUUUCAUCCAUGGAUGAACUUGUGAAGAUGUGCCGAGGAACUGAACCCCUUUGGAUCCGUAACAACGAAAAUGGAAGAGAAGUGCUUAAUCUUGAGGAGCAUGCAAGGAUGUUUCCAUGGCCCUUGAACCUCAGGCACCACUCGAAUGAGCUCAGGACAGAAGCCAGCCGUGAUAGUGCCGUUGUUAUAAUGAAUAGCAUCACCUUGGUCGAUGCUUUCCUUGAUGCUAAUAAGUGGAUGGAAUUGUUUCCUUCAAUUGUUUCAAGAGCAAAAACUGUUCAAGUUCUAUCAUCAGGAGAUUCUGGUCAUGCAAGUGGCUCUCUUCAACUGAUGUAUGCGGAAUUGCAAGUUCUCUCUCCUUUGGUACCCACUCGUGAGGGUCAUUUCCUUCGUUAUUGCCAACAGAAUACCGAGGAAGCUGGGACAUGGGCAAUUGUUGACUUUCCAAUUGAUAGCUUUCAUGAUAGCCUUCAGCCUUCCUUUCCCAGAUACAAGAGACGACCAUCUGGCUGCCUAAUUCAAGAUAUGCCAAAUGGCUACUCAAGGGUUACAUGGAUAGAACAUGCAGAGGUAGAGGAGAAACCGGUACAUCAAUUUUUUAGCGACUUCGUCUAUAGUGGAAUGGCCUUUGGAGCACAGCGCUGGUUAGCUGUCUUGCAGAGACAAUGUGAAAGAGUAGCAAGCCUGAUGGCGCGAAAUAUCUCCGACCUUGGAGUGAUACCUUCUCCGGAAGCACGAAAGAACUUGAUGAAGCUGGCUCAAAGAAUGGUAAGAACAUUCUGCGUCAACAUCAGCACUUCUAGUGGGUUGAUUUGGACGGCUCUAUCAGAUUCCCCUGAUGACACUGUUAGAAUUGCUACGAGGAAAAUCACAGAGCCUGGACAGCCAAACGGGCUCAUACUCUGUGCUGUAUCCUCUACUUGGCUGCCGUACCCUCAUAAUCAUGUCUUUGGUCUCUUGAGAGAUGAACGCCGUAGAUCUCAGCUGGAUGUUAUCUCCAAUGGGAAUUCCUUGCAUGAGGUGGCUCAUAUAGCAAACGGCUCUCAUCCAGGAAAUUGCGUCUCUCUUCUUCGCAUCAACGUGGCCAGCAACUCAUCCCAGCAUGUAGAGCUAAUGCUCCAAGAGAGCUGCACCGACGAUUCCGGGAGCCUCGUUGUGUACACCACCAUCGACGUUGACUCCAUUCAGCUCGCUAUGAGCGGCGAGGACCCCUCCUGCAUUCCCCUCCUACCCAUGGGGUUUGUCAUCGUUCCAGUUGGAUCCACCGGAGAAACCACUAAUAUUUCUGGCGAUGGCAACCCAAAUAUCCCAUCAUCCGAAGAGAGAAAUUCGCCUACUUCUUCGGGCUGUCUCCUCACAGUUGUAGUCCAAGAUCUUGUAAGCACAAUUCCAUCAGCAAAGCUCAACCUCUCGAGCGUUAAUUCCAUCAACAACCACUUGUGUAACGCAUUGCACCAGAUUACUGCUGCUCUCAGUAGCACCAUCAGCAAAACCAGCUGCCCUGAUAAUGCUAGUGCUCUAGGCUCUUGCACUGAACCCACUAGUGCACCACCCAAGCAUUAAUAGCUUAAGGAGGUGCACAAUGUAGAAAUUACCCAGAAUUUCCUCCCACUUUCCGUCCUAGAAGAAAGAGCUGCAGGAUACCAGCCGGCUCUUACUAUGCAUCCAUCUUUUUGUUUUACAUAUGAAGAUUGGGGAGUAAUUAAGAGUGGGGAAUUCUUGGUAAUUUAGUGUGGGAAAGCAAGCAAGGGUCGACGUCAAAUAAGAUAGGAGUAGGGAUGUAGUAUUUUGGUAAAUAAGGGAAGUUGUAAGUAAAUGACACUGGUUGAUGUUGCUUUUGUUAAGUGGUGGGACGAAGGGGAGGGGGGUGAGGGUGGGGUUCGUUGUACGUAGCAGUACUGGUUUGCAUUAAUUAAAGAUGGUAGUGGAAGAGAACGUGUGUGGGUGAGAGAAGGCCAAAAGGGAAGUCAAGAGCGCACCAGAUAUGACCCUUGCUUUUUGGUAAGGCUUUUGUUUUUCUUUAUUUUUAUUAAAAGAAAAAGAAGAAAAGAUGGGCCUCACCAGCCAGCAAGGGUGGUGGUUCGGGUAUUGACUUCUAUUAGCUUGUCUGUCGGCCUUUUUUGUUUUUUAUGAAUUCAAUGCUAUUCUGAAUAUUACCGUUUUAA